AGCUCCACAGGAGACAAAUCAUUUUGCCUUUCUCAAUAUGGCGGGUUAAUUAAACGUUGCUGAAAAAAAUUUCUCUGAAGCUCGCAAAGAAAAUCCUCAAAUUCGCAAAGUUCCCGAAGAAGAAGAUGGCUGGAGGACAAUCCGAUAGAGAGGUCAAGGUUUCCCUGGAACUCACCGAAGAAAUUCUACAGAGUAUGGAAGUUGGCAUGGCUUUUCGCGACUAUAAUGGUAGAAUAAGUUCAAUGGAUUUCCACAAGACAUCCCCUUAUCUGGUGACUGCUAGCGAUGAUGAAUCUAUCCGGCUGUAUGACGUGGCAAAUGCAACAUGUUUGAAGACUAUUAAUAGCAAAAAGUAUGGGGUUGAUCUUGUUAACUUUACUUCUCAUCCAACAACUGUCAUAUACUCCUCAAAGAAUGGUUGGGAUGAAUCUUUGCGGCUUCUUUCAUUACAUGAUAAUAAGUAUUUGCGAUAUUUCAAGGGUCAUCAUGAUAGGGUCGUGUCUCUUAGCUUGUGCUCUCGAAAAGAGUGUUUUAUCUCUGGAUCUCUGGACCGAACUGUUUUGCUUUGGGACCAAAGAGCAGAGAAAUGCCAGGGUCUUCUACGUGUGCAGGGAAGACCAGCCACAGCUUAUGAUGAUCAAGGUCUUGUUUUUACCAUUGCUUAUGGAGGAUAUAUAAGAAUGUUUGAUACUCGCAAGUAUGAAAAGGGCCCUUUUGACAUAUUUUCGGUUGGGGGAGAUAUGUCUGAUGCUAAUGUUGUGAAGUUCAGUAAUGAUGGAAGACUGAUGCUUUUGACAACUUUAGAAGGUCAUAUUCAUGUGCUUGAUUCAUUUCGUGGAACGCUUCUAUCUACAUACAAUGUCAAGCCUGUUUCAAGUGGUUCGACAUUAGAGGCAUCUUUCAGCCCAGAGGGAAUGUUUGUUGUUUCAGGUUCUGGGGAUGGUAGUGUCUAUGUUUGGAGUGUUCGAAGUGGCAAAGAAGUAGCCAGUUGGAUGAGUACUGAAGAUGAACCACCAGUCAUAAAAUGGGCUCCUGGAAGUCUGAUGUUUGCUACAGGUUCUUCAGAGUUAUCAUUUUGGAUUCCAGAUUUAUCCAAAUUGGCAGCUUAUGGAAGAAAGUAGAAAGUAUCUUGGUACCUCCCUGAAAUGUUGUAGUCAGGAGCACUAAGUGACAAGAUAGAAUCAGUGAGUAAUGCAUUGGUCGGAUGCCCUUUAUACUGUAGGCAAUUUAUCAGUUAUCCUCAUUCUGAUGCUCCUUGAUCGUCAAUGGUUAAUAUGACCCAGUUUCAGCACAUCCUCUGAUGAAUGCAACUUGCAGAUCAGAUAGAUGGUAUAUCAUGUGUCUGCAUGACCUGCUUUUAACCAUUAAAAACACAGAAGACAGAGAAGGAUGCAUACAACUUGAGUUUGGCAAGAGUGGUGAUUGGAGAGCAGUCUCAACUCUCUCGUGGGUUAAAAUGCUGGCUACUUAAGUGACAUGUGAAACUAACAGAAUAGUGCAACAAAAGCGUUGCACAGAAUGUUGGGAUCAAUCAAUAUACAGAAGUGACCAACUUGAUAACUAAGGAGCCUUGCAAGGAUAAAAGGUGAUGAUGCACUCAUUGCCUCACUUUUCUAUAAGGGACAUUACGUGCUUGAAGCCUCAAAAAGUGCCGAAGAUCGCAUUGGAUCUGCGAUUAAAUCUCCACGCAUCCAUUUGCAACAGGAAGAAGCUUUCUCCAUUGUUUCCUCUCUGGUGUUCUCACUCUUUGGGACGAUGGGGGGUCCCGUGCCCUAUAUGUGCUAUUAGGGUUCUCGAACGCCAAAAAGUGGGAGUAAUUGUCAAACCUCAUAGAGGAAAGCAUCCGCCCAAAAUCUUGUUGAUUGUGACCUGUACAAUUACAAAGCUGUUGAACGCACCAGGCAAUGGGGGCCAAGAAAAUUGGUGUACCCAGCACUACAGUAUACCCAAUAAAACCUCACCCUUCUCGAGUGAAUGUCUCUACGUACCUAUGACAUAACUGAUAUGGACGGUCCACAUGUCAUCAAUGAUCCGAAUGUCAGUUGGAUUAACUUUGUCUGUUUUCCCAAAACUUGUUUGGAUGACUAGCUUGUCUCGAGUCAAUUGCAUCACGAUUUUCUUCCUGGUUGGAACAGUGAAUCACAAUUCACAAUAGAAGCAAAGAAUGAAUUGGAAAAUUUAUUCAAUUCUAUUCUUUCUUGCCUUCUAAAUUUUGAUUUUUG